AUGGAAGUGACUCGCAAUAAUUUUAAAGAGGUGCUGCCUCUAGUAUCUGAAUCUAUUGAAGAAGCAGACUUUCUCGUAAUUGACGCCGAGUUCACGGGUUUAAUAAAUGGCAAAGACGUGUCUAUGUUUGAUUCUCCUGAAGAGUACUAUCUGACACUGUUAAACGGUUCUACAGAGUUUCUUUUAAUACAGUUCGGGUUAUGUGCAUUUACUUGGGAUGAGAAGACGAAAAAAUACCAGAACGAUGCGUAUAACUUCUACUUAUAUCCCAGGGGGCGCCCAGGACCUGACAAAAUGUUUCUGUGCCAAAGUUCUAGUUUGGAUUUUCUUGCUUCACAAGGUUUCGACUUUAAUAAAUUGAUUAGAGAAGGUAUAUCAUAUAUGACAGAACCAACAGAGACUAGGCUUAGAGAAAACCUGACUGAAAGGCAAAAAUCAUACUCCAAUGACAAGGGAACAAUAACUAUUCCUGAUGAGUGUAAAGCUCAGAUUGAAGAUAUCUGUAAGAAAGUUGGUGUAUUUGUCAAAGAGAAUAAGACAAAUGAGAUGGAAGUUGAUAGAUGUAAUGCAUUUGUGCGACGGCUGCUCUUCCAAGAGCUGGGCUCACGAUUUAAAAAUGAUGUGUUCUUGGAAACUAAAGUUUUGGAGAAUAAAGACAGGAUUUUAAAAGUAACUCGAAUGUCAUCAUCAGACGAAAGGAAGAAUAAGGAUGACGAGAAGAAAGAGAAAGAAUGGGAAGAUUUAGAAGAAGCCGUUGGAUUCUCGAAAAUUGCUAGAUUAAUUAGUCAAUCGGGAAAACUAGUUAUAGGCCACAAUAUGUUACUCGAUCUCCUACACACAUUGAACCACUUCUUCCAACCAUUGCCAGUUGAUUAUCCAUCCUUCAAAGAAUUUGCACACUGCAUGUUCCCGAGGAUAUUGGAUACGAAAUACAUGUCAAGUUUACCGCCAUUUAAAGAUAAGGUAAACUCAAGUAUUCUUCAGCAUCUUCUAGCCACGUUAUCCGAGCCACCAUUUUCACUGCCAGAUAUAGGUUCAGUCGAUGGACGGGGUUACUGUCAAACAGAUGACAAGCAACACGAGGCGGGCUAUGACGCAUACGUCACCGGUCUUUGUUUCUUAUCUAUGCACGCUCAUCUAGCACGCAUGCGCGGCGAAGAGUCACGACGGGUGACAGCUGACAGCGCGCUAUUACGGCCCUUCAUAAACAAAGUGUUUUUGGCAAAAACUGCGUAUCAGGACUCGCCGUAUAUAAACCUCGCUGGUGUUGAUCCAUCACCUUCAAGGGAGCAUGUCUUCCAUUUGACGUUUCCAAAGGAUUGGCAGAGGAAUGACAUUAACCAAUUGUUUAGCGCUUAUGGUCAAAUAUUGGUACAGUUUUUGGACGAAACAUCCGCGUUGGUGGCUUUAACCCGUCGGGAUCUUGCCAAAACAGUUGUACGUGCGUUCGCCAAUAAUAAGAAAGUAGUUCUUGAACCGUUUAUUAAAUAUAAGGGACUUCAUGCCAAGGCGUUGCAGUUACAAGCUGCAGAGGGGCGAGAGGAGUCUACGCCGCUGUAUGUGAAAGUGUGCGUAGCUUUCUUCAUUAUAUUAGCUGUGUGGAUGUGUGUGAGUGUGAAUGACGGCAUAGAGUUGUAA